AUGGCUUCUGAAAACACUUUUUCCAACUUCAAAUUGGCUUCUGAAUUGCCAGCUUGGACUAAAUUGCAAAAAUUAUACGAUGCUCAAGGUAAGACCUUGAACGUCAAGAGUGAAUUCGACAGUGAUGCUAAGCGUUACGAAAAGUACAGUCACACUUUCACCAACUACGAUGGUUCUAAAAUCUUAUUCGAUUUCUCCAAGAACUUGGUUAACGAUGAAAUUAUGCAAGCUUUGAUCGAAUUGGCCAAGGAAGCUAACGUUGCUGGUUUGAGAGAUGAAAUGUUUGCUGGUGACCACAUCAACUUCACUGAAGACAGAGCUGUCUACCAUGUUGCUUUGAGAAACAGAGCUAACAGAGUUAUGAAGGUCGAUGGUGUUAAUGUCGCUCCAGAAGUUGAUGCUGUCUUGGCUCACAUGAAGGAAUUCUCUGAAGAAGUCCGUUCUGGUAAGUGGACCGGUUACACUGGUAAGAAGAUCACCGAUGUUGUUAACAUCGGUAUCGGUGGUUCCGAUUUAGGUCCAGUUAUGGUCACUGAAGCUUUGAAACACUACUCUGGUGUCUUGGACGUCCACUUCGUUUCCAACAUCGAUGGUACUCAUUUAGCUGAAACUUUGAAGCCAUUGAACCCAGAAACUACCUUGUUCUUGGUUGCUUCUAAGACCUUCACCACUGCUGAAACCAUCACCAACGCUACUUCUGCUAAGAACUGGUUCUUGUCCAAGACCGGUAACAACCCAGCUCACAUUGCUAAGCAUUUCGCUGCUUUGUCCACCAACAAAGAAGAAGUUGCCAAGUUUGGUAUUGACACCAAGAACAUGUUCGGUUUCGAAAGUUGGGUCGGUGGUCGUUACUCUGUCUGGUCUGCCAUCGGUUUGUCCGUUGCUCUAUACAUUGGUUACGACAACUUUGAUGAUUUCUUAAAGGGUGCUGAAGCUGUCGACAGACACUUUGUUGACACUCCAUUGGAACAAAACAUCCCAUUGUUAGGUGGUUUGUUAUCUGUCUGGUACAACAACUUCCACGGUGCUCAAACUCACUUGGUUGCUCCAUACGAUCAAUACUUACACAGAUUCCCAGCUUACUUGCAACAAUUGUCCAUGGAAUCCAACGGUAAAUCUGUCACCAGAGGUAACGUCUUUGCUAACUACUCCACUGGUUCCAUCUUAUUCGGUGAACCAUGUACUAACGCUCAACACUCUUUCUUCCAAUUGGUUCACCAAGGUACCAAGUUAAUUCCAACUGAUUUCAUCAUGGCCGCUCAAUCUCACAACCCAAUUGAUGACAAGAAGCACCAAAAGAUGUUGGCUUCCAACUACUUUGCUCAAGCUGAAGCUUUAUUAGUCGGUAAGGAUGCUGCUAAGGUUGAAGCUGAAGGUGCUAAGGGUGGUUUGGUCCCACACAAGGUCUUCUCCGGUAACAGACCAACCACUUCUAUCUUGGCUCAAAAGAUCACUCCAGCUACUUUAGGUGCUUUGAUUGCUUACUACGAAUUCUUGACCUUCACUGAAGGUGCUAUCUGGAACAUCAACUCAUUCGACCAAUGGGGUGUUGAAUUAGGUAAGGUUUUGGCCAAGGUCAUUGUCAAUGAAUUGCAAGACACUUCUGCUGUUGCUAACCAUGACCCAUCCACCAACGCUUUGAUCAACCAAUUCAAACAAUGGAUGUAA